UAAUGUAAAUAAAAACAAACAAUUCAAACAUCCUGCAACUCGAUGUUUGAAAUUAAUGAUGACUACGACCACAAAGAAUCAUUGGAAUAUAUUUUGGAAAAUGUGCUCAUGACUGACGACGGCAGCCCAGAGUUCAAAAGUCUAGAAGAUGACUACAAUUCGCAACUGACAUUAUUUUGCAGUUGUAGUGCUCAGAAAAAUAGUCGUAUUUGCAAUGACAGCGCUCACUGUUGCCAUGGAGUUGGAUACUUAUUUAAUACUGAAGAAGCUGAAUUGGUUUUAGUUAAAAAUACAAAUAAAAGAUUACCUGCCUUAAUAGAGUGCAAUGAUCUUUGUGAAUGCAAAUUGAGCCAGUGUAAUAAUCGUCUGGUGCAAUUCGGGCCGCGCAAGAAAUUGGAAAUAUUUUAUUCACCAUUAUUUAAAUCAAUGGGUUUACGCACAACGGUUAACAUUCCAUGUGGUGCUUUUAUCUGUGAAUAUGCUGGGGAACUUUUAACUCUAUCUGAGGCUAAGCGGCGUCUCAAACUCAUUGACAAACGUGGCCAAAUGAACUACGUAUUAUGUCUACAUGAAUAUGCAAGGUUAGAGCACAACACAGACUACCAACCUUCGCAGAUAACUAUUGUAGACCCAUCUCAACGUGGAAAUAUCGGACGUUAUCUAAAUCACAGUUGUCAGCCAAAUUGUGAGAUCUUAGCCGUGAGAAUAAAUAGCCCGAUACCAAAAAUAGGGAUAUUUGCCAAACAGAAUAUCUCUGUCAAUGAGGAAUUAUGCUUUCAUUAUGGAGGAGAAGAAUUUGAGAAUGGCUCGCCUGACGGGAAACCUUGUCUUUGUGGUGCGCCAAAUUGUACCAGUGUCUUACCAAAUACUAUAAUAUAAAAGAUAUGUUAACAUUUGAUCAAAGU